AGUUUUCUGUAUAUAUAAGUGAUGAGUUCAGGCGUUGUGACGCCUUGCCCUCUCCUGUCCUAGCCAUUUGUUUCUCCUGCCACCAAAACGUUCGACCCUGUUCUAAUUCAUUCGUCUUCUAAUAGCUAGAAGUGGCAUUUCAGUUUCAACUCUUGUUGGUGCUUUCACUCGCUUUUGUGGUUUCACAUCCAGUCUAGGAUUAAUCUUGUUUCUUGUCAUCAACACAAAAACAAAGAGCCAAAAAUUAGUUGGUGUUUCCCCCUUUUGAUUCUUGUUUUCUCGUCUAUAAAUAAUAGUCUUUCUUUCUAGUGAUAAAUACAAAAAACCAAAAAAAUAUGUUCCACUUUUAAUCCCCUUUGCUAGUCAUCAUUAAAAAAAAACUAAAAAUCUAUUCGUAUUUUCACCGUUCAUUGUUGUUUUUUCACAUAUACAAAAUAUUCUUUGUUUCUAGUGGUCAGUACAAAACAAAUUGAUUGCAUGCUCCACUCCGCCAUUGCUCUUCCGCAACUACAUUGCAAUCCCUUUUCCUACUGAUGGACAUUGAAAAAAAAUCAUUUGAGUUUCCCUUUACUGUUGAUUUUUCAGACCUGUAACAACUCAAUUUAUCUAGCUCUAAAUUUCAAUUAAGAAACAAAGACAAAAAAAGUCAGUUGCUUUCCAUUAUUGCUAUUUUUUGUUCUCUUAUCCUGACUUCGCUCUCUUUUCUACGGAUAAAUACUGGAAAAACACAAAAAAUCAUUGAUUUCACCCCUUUGUUGUUUGUUAUCAUUUAUCAUUGCUUGCUUUUCUAGUUACCAGCUCCGCCAGAAACACCAAAAGAUUGUUGGCUUGUCCCACUACUGAGUUUUUCAAGUAAAUCUGGUUCAUCAGGCCAUUUCUUGACAUCCAUAUUACGGGCCUAAUUCAACCACCAGGACCGUACAAGGAAGCAAGCGUGCAGCUUUUAAGCAGAACAUGGACAAUUAAUAUUAUUUGGCAGCCUUCAGUUCAAGUAUUGCUGUAUAUAUGUUUCUCGGUGAUCUAAGAACCUACAUGACUUAAUAUUAUACAAAGUUAUCCCGAGUUCAGGUUUCUUAGCUGCUGAGAGGCCCCAGUUUCAAGAAAAACAACAAAAAGGUCAUUGACUUUUUCCCAAUAUUGAGAUUUUUCAAGUAAAUCUAGUUGAUCAGAUCAAUCAUCUCUUGACAUUCGUAUUGCAGACAUAAAGUGCCCCAUUUUACCAUCAGGACUGUACAAGGAAAUUUGUGUGCGGCUGUCAAGCCAAAUCAUAGAGAAUUAAUAUUUAUUUUGCACCCUUCAUUUUAAGUGUUGCUGAAUAUUGUUUCUUGGUGAUUUAGAAGGCAAGAUCUGAGAGGUCAACUUGUGCAGACUAGCAAGUUUGGCACACUACUGAACAUAAGUCAUGGCAUCAUCUUCUUGGAAAAAAUGGCCCAAUCAUGAGCGGGAUAAAUGGCGUGAUGAUUUGAGAGAUAUAGAUUUUUGGUUUAAUGGAUACCGUGAGACUCCUGCAUAUAAUCGCUUGGCCGUCAUUGGUCAUUGUGUGCAUUGGAAUGUUGGGGUGGGGCCCAUGGUUUCAUUCACACGGGCUAUAUCAGGCAUGGCCAUGGAGACAAUCUCUAACAACCUAGGAGAAUUCAAACCCGUGAUAAAGGUGGAUCUGAAGCCUACACCAACGGCAGAGGAAGCCCAAGGAAGAGGCAUCAUGAGCACCAAGUACCAGCUGGCCCUCGCUGCAGCAAAGGAGCUCGGCCUGCUCGACCAAUAUUACAACGUGCUCAAAGAAAGGCAAGACGAGCUACUGUACUACACCUACGGGUCCUAUGAUGGUGGCACCUCUUCAAGUUUGGAGUCCCACAUGCGGCAAGAUAUAGUUCCGCAGAUCAUCAAACAAUUGAUAACUGCGAAGUACUUGCUAGUGGCUGAGAACCUCCAGUGGCCAAUUGAGCCUGGCAGUUUUACACUAGAAGAUGCCGGGCUUCGUCCACCUUUGUGGGGAAAUUCUCGAUGGAUCAUCUCGACCACUUCUCAUGAUGCCUACAAAAAGAGCAAGUCAAAAAACGAUGGAGUUAUAUCCAUUGACAAAGAUGACCAGGUUGUCGUGCUUAUCCUCUAUGCACUGCAUCAAUCGGCCGAGCAUAUACUCAGGAUGAUCCGUCAAGAAAGCAAGGAGUACUGGCAUCGCAUAGCCCUCAUGUGCUUCCACUACGCCAUGGCAAUCUUUGCCAAACAUUCACAAGUGGCAGCUAUCACCUCAGAUGAGCUCAUCAACCAUUGGGCUGCUCAGGGCAUCUUGCCAUGUAUGGCAAUCAAGGAAGAAGAAGAAACCAACACCAUCAGCAGCAAGUGUUCAAAUGUGCAUCGAGUUGGAAGGGUCAUCCUUGAGGCGUUCCAGAAAUACUCUUUAUUGCAGCUACCUUUUUCUCUUGCUAAUGAAGCUUAUGAAGCCACCAGUACGGGCGCACAGUUCUUAGUAUACCAUGGCCUCGUUGCAGAAGGCAUCACAGUUGAUGAACUCUUUGAUAACAAAAAGAAGUGGAUUUCCUUCAAUGGUGACAAUGGAUGUCAUGUAAGCCGAGAAUGGUUGUGCCCAGAGGAAACCAGUGGCUCGGCUGCACUUAUCUUAAGAGGCUGCUCACAUCAAUCACUCAUACUAUCCAAGCUGAACAGUUUCUUGCCCAAACUUUGUUUUCUUCGUGUUCUUGAUAUCUCCUACACUCCAAUAAAAGCACUCCCUUAUUCCAUCGGUUUCCUAACAAACCUUCGGCUGCUUUGCCUUAGAGGUUGCCAUGGUCUAAAAACUCUUUCUUGUUCAUCCACAACUAGUGCCACAUACUCAUCAACAAAUAUUUCUUCAUAUUCACCAUUGUCAACCUUAUACUUGCUUGAAAUUCUUGAUAUGAAUGGAGUUCCUUGUUCUCAUCUGACACAAGAUAUGGCCAACCAAAAGAUCAAUCUAAUUUAUCUCGACAUGUCCUAUUCAGAAAUAACUACUUUCCCUCCCACUUUUUUUGAGGACAUGUCAAAUCUGGAGGAACUUAUUCUUGUCAGCUGCGCUAACCUUGUGGACCUACCUCCUUCCAUGGCUGCACUAUCCAGCCUAACGACCCUUGAGGUCACAGGGACUCGAAUAAAAUACUUCCCGUUGAGGAUAUUUGAAGAAAUGCGGAAGCUACAAUCACUCAAGCUCAUUGACAACAAGGACUUGAUUUCACUCACAGGACCAAUCUCUAGGUUACAGGGAAUUACAUUGGAAGGGCAUCCUAGGCUUAUAUCCUUCGUGCUUAUCGGUGCACCUCACAUAAAGCGCUUGUCUUUGCGUGGUUGUAGAAACCUGGAGUCUGUUGAGAUCAUGAAUCUUUGUGCUUUGGAGGAGCUUGAUUUGUCUGGUACUGCUAUCAAAGAUCUCCCUGCUGACGUCCCUAAUUUUCCCCAACUUAGGCGAUUGCUCUUACUGGGUGUUCCUUCUCUGAGGCGAUUUCCUUGGCAUAGGCUGGUCCGACUGCCGGAAGUGUUUUACUUGGAUCAUUGCUCAGAAGAAAAUGGCAAUCACUGUAAUCAAGUUUCCCAAGUGUGUGUUACUGACCCCAGGUUCUUCCAUAGCUUCAACAACACUCUAGAGAAUUUAGUAAGAGAUGGAAGAUUUUUCCAAUCGUUCUAUGUUCGAGUGGCACCAUGCAUUACAAAUAGCAUGCGAGUGCAAGAUGAAGAAGCCAUGCUCGAUAGCAAGUUGCAGGAGUUGUCACGGAAGCGACCAACAUAUGAGGAUGUAUAUAACAGCUGUUAUGUAGAGAAAAUUGCAACUACAUCGCCGAUUACACUUCCCCUUCAACAAACUGUGCGCCAUAUGGAGAUCACAGGGAUGCAGCAGACACAUCGUGGUUUACCCAAUCUUCUAAAUGUCACCAAAUCAAUAUCAGUAACAUUUGAUUCUUCGAUUAGGAUUUUUCAUUCCUUGAGCGACUUCAUCGAGCUAGAAGAAUGUGAGCUUCGUUGGUGCCAUAAAAUGGAAGGAAUUGUAUAUCACAUUCUAGGCUGGAAAAAACUACGCAAUAUGCAUGUCUGUAAUCUCAAAAGGCUAGUUUCGUUCUGUUCAGAGUAUAGUUAUUCUGACUUCGGUAGACUAGAGCACCUGCACUUAGAGGACUGCCCAAGAUUGGAGCACGUGGUGCCACAUACAGCAACGCUGCCAUGCCUCAAGACACUUGACAUAUUAUUCUGCUACAAACUCAAGACAAUUUUCAUCACCUAUCGCUCGCAAGGUAAUACUUAUCAGCUCCCAAGCCUCCAAAGGAUACGUCUCCAGGAGCUGCCACUGCUCCAGCACUUCCAUGACAAUGACGCCACCACCAUAGCACCUGUGUGGAAGGAGCUCCACAUCCGAGGGUGUUGGAGCCUCCGAUGCCUCCCGCGCCUACAAGGACGCCAGCCAGAGACAGUGAAGGUGAACGGCGAGAGGAGCUGGUGGAGCAAGCUCCAGUGGGGCUCACCCCUGCACCGCAACAGCUAUGACCCCAAGCUUCCUCCGCAGGUCGCCUCCUUCGAUGAGCGCGCCGAGAUGAGCAGCUACCUCAGAUGAUUGAACCCAGUGCAUCGAAACAUCUAUCCAUCCAUCAGUUGUGUUCCAACCACUCUGGUCCCGCAAGAUGAGACUUAUCAACGUCAAAAGAUACGCUCUCCAGGAGCUGCCAUUUGCUCCCAUGCUUCCAUGACAAUGACGCCACCAUCACAGCGCCACGUCAGAGGGUGCUGGAGCCUCCGAAUUCCAAUGCCUCCCGUGCCUACCUUACCAACAAUGUUCCACCAUAGACCACAGAGUACAUUCAUCAACAUUACCUUAUUAACAGUUUUCCACCACCAUAUAUCCAUACUGUGUCUAUCAGCUACCCUUGUGUCUGUCAACCCCGUUUUCUUCGUAGUAUCCAUCCAUAACAUACACGCCACGUACGUACAUACUCCUGCCUCUGUAUACACCUGCAUUUCAUUCAUAUGGUUUCAGAGUUUUUUUCCAAAUAAAAGUCCAGUUCCCUGAUUAUUGUCGACCGACCACUUUGUUUCCCAUGGAAUCGGGUUUAUUUUUCCAUGUUCCAACACAUUUUAUUGGAGUGUCCGCGAUACUAUGUUGGUGAUGUAUGUGUAAGCUAUGUAAUGCUGGUGUUUGGUGUGAGAUAUGUUUAAUUAUCAAGUGUGGUUUGUGACUUUAAGUGACCUGUGUAUUUAUUUGUUUCAGCUGUUGUGUUUAACUACAAGUGUGUUGUACUC